UUGAACAGAAGAGCGGGCGAACCAUCAACAAAAAAAACACAUGUGAUUCCGUUCUUAGCCGAAGGCUCAUCGUCAGUUGACUUCAUUCGUUUCCUGCCGAUCGCAUACAUUCAAAACAAGACGAAGAGAAAGAGAAACGAACGAGGAGCGAUUUUAUACUCGCGCGGUCACAGUAUUCGACGAAAAGUGCGCGACCCUUUUUCCCAUUCAUACGACAUUUGCUCAGAUGUUUGGGACAUGGUUGAAGAAAGCGGAAAAAAUAACGCAGAAUUCGGAAUUGGACCAAUUAUCGUAAUGAUAGAUGCAAGCAGGCUCGGUCACAGCCUUGCGACUGCGCUGAAAGAUCGUCGUCAUGGAAUACCUGUGCAGCCAAAUCGGUCAUUGCCCCUUAGACCCGCGCCCCCACUUCCGAUUCGAAAGCCGGUUGCCAAACCAAUGGAAAAUUCCUCGUUGACUAAGGUCAGAGAGGAAUCGCCGCGAAAAAGUGAAGAAGCAAAGGAUGAUAACGAAGAAAUGACAAAAAAACAUGUUGACGAUAUAAGUAACGCUGUCGAAUCGAGCCAAAACAGUAUUUUUGGAAUGAAUUUCUACGAUCCGAUACAUAGGGAAGAAAAAUCCAAGAAUGAACCACCCAAAACUGCUGAAAGUAUUGAAAUUAGAAUCUCAAAAGAAUAUCUUAAAUCCAGACACAUCAAGUCGUUGGACAUGGAAUUGGGGCCUGAGCAAAUAAGAAGCAGUGUUAAGACAGAUAUCAGUGAUUCUGAGUCGACUUGGUCCAGCCCUGGGACUACUAAGAUGUCCAAAGAUAAGGAAAGGAGAGACAUUUGUGGGCAGAAAAGAAAGUCGUCGAGCACUGAAGAUAAUUCUUCUCGAGUCCGAAAUUCAAGUUCACCAGUUGCUCGUGUGAAGAUGAAACUUGCGUCACCUGAAAAUGAAGGAAAAGUGACCAGAGUGAAAACAACAAAGUGUGAUAAAGUCGAAAGUUUUGGCACAAUUUUUCCAACUAUAUUUAAGUAUAAUGACGCUGAGGCAUGUGACUCGGUUGGAUUUGAGAAGAUGCCAAAUCCACUGGCAUCUGAAAAACGAAAAAUGAUUGAUCGGCGAAAGAGAAGUUUGGAUGGGUAUCAAAAAACUGCGCUACCGCGGCUUCGCAGUAUUCCAAAGUGCCCUAAGGCUAUACCGAUGGAAGUGGCACAUGCGAUAAAGCAGGGAGAGUCAACGAAUUUAUUGAAUAAUGUAAAAACGCGUGGGUUGGAUAUUUCCAACAACCAUGCCACAAUGAAAAAAUUACGUAACUCUGUUGAAUCAAAGACUACUGUACAUGAGGAGACUACAUGCAUUCUUGAAAAUAUGGAGAUGACCGAAAGUACCUUGCCAUCGAUGCCAGCUCUGGAAGAUACACGGACAGAUGCUGCUGGCUGCGAAUCAGAAUUAUUGACUACCAGUGAAAUGAAUCUUGAUACAUCUGAAACAAACAUAGCUAGUGAAGUUAAAGCUAAAGUGUUAAAAACACCGAGUGAUGUAACGACCAGAGUAAGUCAUUUUCAUGAAAAUAUCCCUGUCGAAGAAGAUGCCAAUACGGUACAGAAUCGAAAGAAUAAUCAGCCGCAGACUAAUGAAUUACUUACUGCCACGACUACUGUGUACGAGCACAAAAUACCCGAGUGUUUUCCAGAAUUGAUUAGCCAUGUAGAGGCGACACUAUCAGUAUCAGUGCCUUCCAACAUUCAAUCAGCUCACACCGAGUCUAAAAAUGAUGAUGAGUCGACGAGAAUAGACGCAUUGAACAGAAUGAUAGAAGUUGAUAAAGAAAAUAUACAAGGAUAUGAACCAAAUUUCAAAAAACUUGCAGAUGAAAAUGCACAAAAUAAGCUGUCUACCAUAGAUAGUUCAGUUCUGCAAUCACCGCUUGUCGGUUGUCAACAACAGUGUCAGGAUGUACGGGGGAAAGAUCAGUAUAAUUCAGUCUUAGAUACAAAUGACCAAAGCCGAGGAAAGGAAAAACAGGCGGAAAAAAAACUACAGGAAUCACAAAUUAAGCCCAAAGUGGAGAGCACAGUUAGAUCUAGGACAAAUAAGUAUGACGUAUAUCUGGAGAAACUUUAUAAAGAAGCUGCAUAUCGGAAGCAAAAAUUAACAGAGACUUUGGAUGCAUCUCGAGCCAAAAGAUUACAGCAGAAAAUCAAUGUUACUGAAAAGAAAAUAGAAAAUAUUAUGAAGCAGCGGAAGCGUUCGAGUGCUGAGAAUCGAACUCUGCCCACAAAACCUGUCACCCCGUUGAGAAUACAAGUGAGGCGAGAUCUUGUUCAGAAGAUACCAUCGCCGGUGUGUGUCGAGCCUGCUUUAGAGUCGCCUCUGGCACCGAUAAAUGAAACUGACAAAGCUUCGAUGGGGAGAAGCUUAUUAGAUUUUCAACCAAUUGUUAUUACCAUUAAUGAUGGAGAGACUGUUGCAUCAGGCAAAGAAAUCUCUGAAUCUAACGAAGAUAAAAUCAAGGAAUCUGACAGUAUCAUCGCCCGGAAUCAGUGGAUCUUACAAAAAAAAUCUCAAUUGAAGAAUGUGCCUGAAAAUACGAACUUUGUCGAAAAUUCGGCGUCACAAGACAGUUAUUCCUGGGAGGAUGUUUUAAACCCAUUCCAAACCCCCAAUCCAGAGGUUCAACCUAUUACAUCAAAUCCCGUAAAUCCUAAAGUAAUAAACAACAAUGUGGAAUAUUCAAGUAAAAACUUACCCCCGGCGUACGAGACCGUCCCAACCGAUGCUACUGAUACUUCAAAAAACAGCCCUCUGAUACGUGAUAAAACGAGUGUUAACCCAAGUAAUCUGAAAGUCCAUGUUGCUCAAAAAUUUCCAAGUACACAAUUCGGUGCUCGAAACUCUAACGUGGUUUUUGAGAAUGUUGUUUGCGAAGAAACAAACUCAAACUACAACUAUGCGUCUUGCUCCACAGGCGGUAGUUCGACAGUAGUUGAGAAUAGAGCCCUUAAUCUUAGCCCGAAGAACUUCAUUCCAAACACUAUAAGUGAUCUGCGUACUCCAAGCACGAUACGCCGAGCGGUUUGCCAAGAAAGUGCAUGUACCAAUGCCAAGUCUUAUCCUUCACCCGUUUAUCCUACUCAGCAGACCAACUACAACGCAACAGAAAAAGCAUCCAGCAUGUUUUCCAAGGAUAAUGGAGGUGCUAAUAUCAAUCUCUGCUCACCGCUUCAAGGACACUCGGCUGUACCUCUCCCUGUAUCUUACCACAGCAAUUUAUCAACCGCUCAAGGCUAUCCGAUGCCUACCGAAUCCAUCCCAAACCAUCCACCUACACAGUGGCACGCUCAGCAUUCUGCGACAAAGCAAUCCGUUCAGAUUAUCCGGGAAGAAAAUAACAGGUCAUGCACAGUGCUGGCCUCUCAUUUACUGAAUAGAACGGUUCAAGAACCUGCAAAUUAUCCGGCAUCAACUGCCAAACUGUUGAGUCCUACUCAGAGCAGAGAAACUGUUCAAACAACUAUAUCGCAGCCUGUCACCACUCGUAUAAUGACUGAGCAAUUUCCGACGUUUGGCAAUUGGGCAGCAACUCAGAUACCCAGUAAUCUUGCAAAUAAUAAUCCUGCAACUGCGCCGGUUCAUUGUCAUUCAACAAUUGAUAACGUGACCAACUACAAGUCGACUGGAUCAGACAUGUACAAAAUGGCGGCUACUGCUGUUGAUGCUAGGCGACCUGUGAACACCGCCAACAUCCAAAUGCAGUGGAGCAAUCAGUCACCAUGGGCUGACCAACAUAGACCAGCCCAAGGAUAUCCAUGUCGAAGGAGCAACCCUGCAAUGUACCACAGAGAUUAUCCGGUAAAUCCUCAGCAUCCUCAGAGUCAUCAAGCUUCUCGCAACGGAAUACCCCAAGGGUAUCCUGGAUCGGAAGUAUUCGUACCUUGUACAAAGCAGCUGUAUCAACAGAAGGUUUCGUUUGACCCGAAACUUGUUCAAAGUACCGAACGCACUGGCGUUCAGCAGCUUGCUCAUUGUCAGCAAAAUGCGCCGCAGUAUGAUCCGUCGUUACCGCGAACGUCAGCCCCUCCACCAUAUUAUCAAACUCAAGGAAACCCGGACGUUGUCUUCUCGCAACAGUACAUGCAGCAACCGCCCCCGCAGUAUGUGCGCGUUGUGCAACCCACGUGGCAUCCUCCGAAAAAUUACUAUCCGAAUUAUUUGAAUCAACAAGUAAAUGCAGGUUUUGUUGUACAUGCUAAUCGUGAAACAGUCAGUAAUCCACCGAAAUAUCAAGCGACGAAGAAAAAAAUUGCUCCGGCACCACCGCGUCCGAAUGUCAUUCCGUCACACGUAAUUCACAAUAUACGUAAUCAUAAAUUAUUAAGUCAAAUGUACAAUAUAGCUGAGAACUUGAAUUCCGUCGUACAGAAUCAGGGGACAACUGAUUCAAUAGAUGGUAGAAGAUCUUGCCCAACUCCGAACUUGGGUGAGGUUUAUAAAAGCCCUGAUAGGUCUGGUACUUUGAUAUGUUCACGGUGUGGAAUGAAUGGUCCAAAGUUCAAUUGUCUAGGAUGCGAAACAGCGUUUUACUGUAAUAAAAAUUGCCAGGUUCAACACUGGAACACACAUUUACUGGAGUGUCGCAGAAAAAUGCCUAGAUUGAAAAAAGUCUCGUAAAAGUUCAUUCAAUUAUUUUAGGACACUUGUCCCGGUAAUAUAGUAAAUACAGAAAGCAUUAUAUGUAAUAUUCAUUUAGUGAAAAUAUCAAAAAAUUCCUCAUCACGACAGUAUUAUACUACAGAUUACAUGUAUAAGUCACACAGAAGAAUAACUAUACGAUCUACUAAUGGUGGUAAGUAUGCAGGUGAAAAAAAAAAAAAAAAAAUUGAAACGCGAGUAAGUGAUGAUAGAAAUUGCGUGAAACAUUUCAUAUUCGUUUCGCGUUAUGAAUUGCCUUGGCACACUAAUCGCAUCAGCUUUUCGAUUAAUUUGACGGAAAUCGGUAUCACUUACAGUGAACCUUCCAAAUAGCGGACAUCUUCGUGAUUAAAAAUAUUGUCCGUUAUUCAGGAGUGUUCGCUAUUCAGAACGAUAUUAACGUGCAAAUUUUGCUUCUGGAGAUUUUUAAACUGUCCGUUGUAAAGAGGAAUCCGUUGUUGGGUGAUAUCCGUUAAGAGAAGUUUCACUAUACGCGUUAAUCCAUAACCCUUUUGGUAGCGUGGCAAAAGAAGCAAGGAAGAAAAUGAAUACGAAUUAUAAACGCACACCAUGUUUGAAAAUCGAGUUACGUAUUUCGCAGAGAUUUUGUUGCUGUAAAUUCUUCGAAUAAUUAUGUAUUCGUACAUACAUAUACGUAUAAAAAUUGAGAAAUAAUUAAAGCAUAUCUUAUGAGCAUGGAUUAUUAUAAGUGUCGCUAAAUUUGACAUAGAUUUUUUAAUUCUUUUUCCUUCUUUUACUUGGUCCUCUGAGUUGUGUUUAUCGCACAAAUUGUAACUUUGACUUUAGAAUAGAUGAGGGAUACGGGUAAUCGUGUCGAUGACAACGUAUAUAAUUGAUCAAUGACCAAAUAAAAGUCAGUAAUACAAGUUUAAGGUAGAAAAUUAAUAUGUAUAGUGAUUUAGGUGAAAAAAGUCAGCUAAAAAUAGUCCGAAUAUCGAAAGUUUUUCAAUUACUAUUCUAUUCCGGUGCUUAUUUUUUAACUGGUUUUUGAGUCAAAUCAGUGAAUACCAAAGUGUUUAUAUUUAUAAGACACAAAUUAUAUAGUUGGAUAAGAUUUCGUACAAAUAAGAGUUAAAGUGAAACUAAAUAAGGUGAAACAAAUGGACAAAUAAUGUUCUGAACAGAUUUCCUCUUGGUUUAUUUUAACAGUUAAGUUUUUAUUUUAAUUUUUUAAUUUUAUACUCUGUUGCAUCUGCGAUCUUAUAUAUUAAAAUUAGUUGAAAAAAAAUUUCUUACAUUUUCAUAUACUCUUCCUUUUUCCUAAUGAACAUUCGAAUAAAAUACUAUUAAUUUCCUGUUCCCUUUAACGUAAUAAGGCUUGGAAAUAUAAUCCCUGAAUUUUCUUUAUUCUAUUUUGACCGUAUCGGAUUUUCCCGAAAAACCUUUUGAAAGUUGGACAAAUUUCUGGACAAUUUUUAGCAUUUCAGUCGCGCGCCGGUUCGUGCGAUAAAUCUGUAUGUGUUAUUUAAUUGUUGGCAAUAAAUGUUCUCAUUUAUGUAGCAACUCAA